AUGGCCCCAGUGAGGAAUGGGCGCGUCCUGUUCAACGAGGUUCCUACAGGCUUCCCUGAACCAGAUAAGACCGUUGUCUACGAAGAGUCACAUACGAUCGAUCUCGACACCGUUCCGCUCAACGGCGGCGUUCUCGCUAAGCUCCUCGUGAUCUCUGCAGAUCCGUACAUGCGCGGGCGGAUGCGUCCUGUGGACGUUCCGGGCUACAUUCCUGCAUUCCCACUCGGCGAACCGAUCGAUAACUUCGCCGUGAGCGUUGUCUUGCGCUCAGAAGUUCCAGAGUACAGGCCCGGCGACUACGUGUAUGGCAUCUUCCUUUUCCAGCACUACUCUGUCCUCAAGAAGGAGCAGAUUGAGCGCAAGGUCGAGAACGCGGAGAAGCUUCCCCUCUCGCUCUACGUUGGGGUCCUCGGCAUGCCCGGACUCUCUGCUUACGCCCCUUGGAAAAAGUACGCUCCCACCGCGAAGCAUGGCGAUAUCGCGUUCGUCAGCGCUGCCUCCGGCGCUGUCGGCGCUACGGUCGUGCAGCUCGCCAAGGCCGACGGGUACAAGGUCAUCGCGUCCUCCGGCUCGGACGAGAAGGCGGCUUUCGUGAAGUCCCUCGGGGCUGACGUCUCCUUCAACUACAAGACGACCGACACCGCCGAGGUCCUCAGCAAAGAGGGCCCCAUCGACCUUUACUUCGACAACGUCGGCGGCGCGACCCUCGAAGCCGCCCUGGCCAACGCCACGCCCGGAGGCCUCUUUAUCGUCAGCGGGAUGAUCUCCGCCUACAACGCGCCGCCGUACCACGUCAAGAACCUGAUGGAGAUCUACCAGCGCCGCCUGCGCGUGCAGGGCUUCCAGGCGCCGCACCUCGCGCCCAAGUACCUCGACGAGUUCCUCCGGACGUUCCCCGCGCGCAUCACCGCGGGCGACCUGCGGUGGAAGGAGCAUAUCGUGCGCGGGCUCGAGAACGCGGGGCAGGCGCUGUACGACGUCCAGGCAGGAGCCAACUUCGGCAAGUGCGUCGUGCGGGUUGCGGACGAGUGA